UUCGUUUCUAAGUUAGAUUCACAAUUUGGCUCCAAAAUUACCAGCCCGUUUCGGAGUGUGCGGGUGGGACUGCUUCCUGCCCUGCGGUCUCUCUCUGACAUUCAGCGCAGAAACACGGAGAGAGAGAGAGGGAGUGGGAGGAAAUGAAAGGAGUGGGUGUGGUGGGAAGGAGGAGUAAGGGAGAGGAAAACACGCCGAGCGGCGGAUAUUAACAAAAAACAUUCGCGCGGUGGAAAGUAUCCCGCAGGAAGGACAGAGACAUGUCUCUGUGUCGGAGAGUCUGCAAUGUGUGGAUCCCAGUCAGAAGACAGGCUGGACUGGGCAGGAGGAGGGAGACCACGAAAAGUAGACAAGGACAGCUUUUCAGUUUAAGACAGUGUGGAAUGACCUUUUACAGCACCCUAGUAUCAUCUGAUGAGGCAACUGUGGAAUACAAGCAUGGAUUUCCAGUAAUCUCUGUCACACUUCCCUCUAGAAAUGAGCGCUGCCAGUUUCUGGUGAAGCCGCUUUUGAUGAAUGUUGGUGACCUUCUAAAGGACUUGAAAAAUGAAGAUCAAGGCAUCAGUAGGGCAGCAAUCUUUUCAGAAGAUGGCACUAGAGUUUCAGCUACAACACCGAUGACCAUUUUAUUAACAAAGAACUUUGAACUGGUUAUUAAUGAAAGAAAGUAUUUUAUAAAGCCCCCAUUGAGAGACUUUGUAAGCAGUGAGCAUUCGAUAGAAAUGGAUGAUGUAAAGAACUUGGUUCAUAAGCUUUAUACAGCUCUACAUUCGGAAUCUCACCAACUUCACAAAGAGGGGGAGCUACUUAGUAAACUGGAAAACUUAAAAGGAGAGCUAAAGAAUCUUGAACAGGUAAAGUCGCAGUUAGCUCUGAAGGCUGAAGCUAAAUCUAAUCGACUGAUGUGGGCAGGUUUGGCAUUUAUGUCAACUCAAGCUGGAGCACUGGCUUGGUUAACUUGGUGGGUCUACUCCUGGGAUAUAAUGGAGCCAGUUACUUACUUCAUCACGUAUGGAAGCUCUAUGGCCUUUUAUGCGUACUUCCUUCUCACACGCCAGGAUUGCGUUUAUCCUGAUAUAAAAGAUAGACAGUUCCUACACUACUUCCAUCGCGGUGCCAGAAGGAACAACUUUGACAUUCAGAAAUACAACAAAAUCAAGGAGGAGAUGGCUGAGGUGGAAAAAAACCUCCAGCGGCUGCGUGACCCUUUGCAACUGCAUCUUCCAAUUGAGCCACUAAACAAAAACUGAAACCAUAGCUGACGGGAACAAACUCUGGAGUCAUGCGUCAUAAUGACUUAACCAAUGCAACAUUUCAAUCUGAUCAGAAUUGUUCUCCUAUGUGUUUCUGUUCUCUUUUAAAAUGGGACUUAUUUCUGUAUAAUACCCUUUUUUGCAGUUUUGUGGCACUCUGAGAGUGAAUCAAUCUGGUUUAAACUCUGCUGUUGAUACAGACCACCUUCCUAUGCUAG